GUACCACUUCCAAGUUGCACUCAAAUUUGGCUGCAUUUGCUGUACGAAGCGUCCAAGAGCUUUGUCCAGCGGGUAGACUAAUGCUGCGACGACGAGCACGAGCUGUUGCGCGCGAUAUUAACCGCACGUCUUCUCCACGAACCUACUCGCAAAACGUACCACAAUAUCAUCCAAAAGUCAGAGCUAUUCCAUUUGCGUUUUCAAAAGAGGCUGCCAUCAGACAUGUUGGUUUAGCAGCUUCCGUAGGUUGCUUAUUCCGCAACUUCCUUGGGUCGCUCGGUGCAAAGUAUAUCGGCGGAAACUUCCAGCCAAUUCAACCCAUCCGCAUUCAACCAGUCUACUUUCCUGCUUGGUUCUUGGAUUCAGAAGUCGAGUCAUACAUGAAUGAUGGGGAUAGUGAGCGACAGCGAACUGUCACCGCGUAUUUUAAUAACUGUUACUUACCGGGCGCUGCAUUUGACCUCCUCGGGAGGCUUGCUCUCCGAAAUGACCAAGUCGAACCUAGUCUAGCUGUCCCAUUUUCUCAGAGCCUUAUCCAUCAACACGGUUCUGACGUUGUAUGUAUGCCAUACACUAUCAAUCCGCUCGACGUCAUUAGUCGUGCACGGACCUCGUCCUUCACCUCUGAUGAAGAUGUGCGUUCUGAGCUACGGUUCAUAAAAACCAAUAUAGAAGCCACCUAUCCCGUCCUAAUUCCGCUUUACCUGGCGCAAUUUCCAAUGGUUCCGCCGUUUGAGUCUUCAACGUUCGUCAUAGAGGCAUACAGUCAACCCGGCCGGUUUUUCAUCCAAGUUGCUCAAACCCCCGAAGUAUCAGAGGAGGACCGGUUCGACUUGGAGAAAUACAUCGGUUACGACUUCUUGUUUUUAGGCGAUGCUCCAUCAUCCCAUGCGGAGACCCGCGUCCUCGCUCCCGACUUCGAUAAAAACGCAUCUGCGAAUGUUGCAUCGUGGUUUGACAGGCUAUUUAGCGAGCCUGGUGGUGCAGAGAAGCUGGUACAUCCGGAUGGGGCAGUAGGUGUUAACGCGCAUAUGGAUGACCCCAGGGUACGUGAGUGGACUGCUGAGGAGGUCAACCCGGUUCGGCAGUGGAUGAAUCAGGGGCAAGCGAUCGUGCAACUGAAAGAUGUGGUCAAGAAUCUUACUUCCAUCGAGAACCAGAUGCAAAGUGGUGCUGUGGAGGUGACCCAAUGGCCGCCGCCCCCAGAGUCAGAACCCAAGCAGGGAAUAGAGAUCGUCACUGCUGGCUUGGAGGCUUUCAUUAAGUCAGAGCUCUCAAAGCUCGAAAUGCUGGAGCAGACCCGUGCCGAUACGGCGCCAGAGUGGUGGCGACAAAGAGAGGAGACCAAACAUCAACCCGGCGGAAGCGAACCUAUGUAGUACUUACGUAUCGUCGAUGUCCAACACGCAGAUGUU